UUUCCAUAUAAUAGAAAUGAAGGUCCGAAUUUUGUUAGUCAUAUUUCUUUUAACGUUUAUUUCAACCAACCAUGUAAAUGCGAGAAGAUCUGGAUCUUCGCGAAGCUCAUCACGAGGCUCGUCAUCACGAAGUUCAUAUUCUUCUUCAUCUAGAUCUCGUUCAAGCUCUAGUUCUGGACAUGGAAGUUCAUCAGGGGGACAUACGUCGGGAUCAAGUCCUUCUGGACAUGGAAGUUCAUCAGAUAGACAUACGAUAGGGUCAGGCUCGACUGGCUAUGGAAGUUCUAGUGGACAUAUGACAGGAUCAAGUUCUUUUGGACAUGGAAGUUCAUCAGGCGGGCAUACGUCGGGAUCAAACCCUUUUGGAAGUGUACCACGUGGAGGUACAGGCUCAAACCCGACUGGAACCUCAUCGAGUCAAACUUCACAUCAACGAAAUAAAGAUGCAUCUUCGACGUUCUUACAAGCUGAAGGAGGAGGUGCCACACGACCCUCUCAAACUAAUUCCGCGCAAUCUGGUCGACCAUUAGCACCACAUGGCAAUACAGGAACUUAUCUUGGGAGUCAUGGAACAUCAAGUUUUACGAACAGGAGACAAAAUUCUGCAUCAUAUAAUUCAUCAGCACCACAUAAUCCGUCAAUACCGUAUAAACCAUCAGUACCGUACAAUCCAUCAGCACCGUACAAUCCAUAUAAUCCAUCAGCACCGUCAACUAAUCAUUUGUCGAAAUCCACUGUGGUACCUUCGCAAAAUCAUGCUCCAACUUCUUUUGGCCAACCGAGAGCGCCUUAUAAUAAUCCAUUACAAGGAACUGCAUCUAGUAAUCCUCCAUGGAGCAAUCCUCAUUUCAAUCCGAGUCAAUCUCAUCCAGCAGGUUCCACUUCUGCUAACAUUGGCUUCAAAGAUCAUCUGCGUCCAACUUCGAUGCCCGUUCCUUCUGCAUCUUACCCGCGUCCUCCUUAUCCUACUUCUGGUAUUAAUCCACACCCUCCUCCUUAUCCCAGCCAUUCUUUCAAUUAUCCUAAUCAACUUCACGCACCUCACGUACCUUCCAUGCACAAUCCCAGUUACUCUAUUCCCAGUCAAUCGUUUGGACAUCCUUCUAGUUACCCAGCGCAUAUUCCACCACCUGUACCAGGUACAUUCGGAAAUCCUUAUUCUACGCAUCCUGUUAGCGGAACAUAUGGCGCAGCUGGACACACUUAUUAUCCUCAACAACACGUUUUGGCGCAGCCAGCAGCACAACCGUACAUACCUGGACAAACGGUUGUAAUGGUUCCUGGUCAACAAGACAGUGGCAGAGGUUUUGGUCAGAUGGUGAAAGAAGCACUCGUGUUUUCCACAAUCAAUGCCGGUGUGAAUAGGCUGAUAAAUCCGCAUCAUCAUUAUGUGCAUGAUUCCAGUAGUCCGAGUAGUGGUACUGGUACUAGUGAAACGCAUAUAACUUAUAAUAAUCAUUAUUUUAAUACAGCUCCUCCUGGUAGUGUUCCUCCAACUUCACAAAAUAUACCUCAAGGAAAUGUUCCCAUUAUGAAUCCUAUCAAUCCAAAUCCAGUGAACAAUCCAGUUGUUACUCCGGGUGUAUCAAUUCCUGCAAUUAUCAGCAACGGUAGCACGACAUAUCCAGUUGGCGGUUCUUUCGUAAAUACAGUAGGGACAGUUAACAAUGUGGAAACUCCUUCAGUUGUACCUCCUAAUGAAUUUUCUACUAGCAAUAUAGUGACUAAUCAAGAAAUGUCCAAUCAAGGAACAACUAUUUAUUCUCCGCAAUAUAAAAUAUCAGAUGACGAUCUAUUAAUGUUCACCGAAGAGUUAUUUGUAAAACAAGAAGUUAAUAUGUCCAAGCAUUUGACGUUGCAUCUUCAGAGUAAAUCGGUAAACGUAACCGAUGCAGCUAAGGGACCAUUAAUUUAUGUGCAAGAAGAGGCAUACGAUUAUCCAACGAUCUUAGCUAUUCGAGCUUUAUACGAUAAUUAUGAACACAAUUCUACUAUGAAAGAGACUCGUACAGCGGAAAAGCGAAAGAAAGAGGAAUUUCUGUUAGAUAUGUUUGUAAAUACGAAUGUGAUGACUAAAACUCUGCGAUGGUUAUCAGAUCGAGGUGUCAUCAAUCCCUAUGAUUUCGAGAAGGACACUUUGCGGCGUAUCUGGUUCAACACGUUCGACGGUUCCACAUCAGGUUUUGAACGAGUGUUCACAUCCGAAAGAUAUGGUACAGAGCUUCUUGGGGUACAGGACUGGAUCUAUUUUAAUUAUCAAGAAUCGAACAAUCGUAUUGAUUACAUGGGAUACGUUGAUAUCAUGAAGCUUGGCGACAGAGCCUCAUUAGUGAAAUUGAACUUCGAAAUGGAUGGUAUUAUUAGACCAAACGCAACGAUAUUCGUGGGCACGCUUCCUGAACUUGAGAUGGCUCUGUAUACGAUAUGUUUUUAUACCAGGCCGAAUAAUUUAUGUCCCGUUUCACUUGGCGGAAGCAAAUUUAAUAUUUUCACGCAUUCAUUUAGAUAUUACGGGAUAGAUGUUAUAGAUCUUGCACUUCCUAUCUUCUAAGUUUGUACACACAUAAAUAAAUUCUCGGAUGUUACAUAAUAACAUAAAUGAUUAAAAUACAUAACUUGAGCAUAUUUUAACAGAUAUGUCAAACAUAAUGCAAGAAUGUGUGAUUGUAAGAUCUAAAUAAACUUUUUUUAAAGUUUUAUUAAUGU